UCCUCUCUCUGUUCCCCGGAGCUCUCACACUAAAACCUCUCUCCGUCGCGACUGUGUUUCCGAUUUUCAGCUCUAGCUGCAGAAAUGGGCAAGGGUCCAGGUCUCUACACCGACAUCGGCAAAAAGGCUAGAGAUCUUCUGUAUAGGGAUUACCAGACGGACCACAAGUUCACGAUCACUACCUACUCUCCUACUGGUGUGGUCAUUACUUCGACUGGAUCAAAGAAAGGAGAUCUGUUUUUGGGUGAUGUUAACACUCAGUUGAAGAAUAAGAACAUCACCACUGAUUUUAAAGUGGACACCAACUCUAACGUCUUUACCACCAUCACUGUUGAUGAAGCUGCUCCUGGCUUGAAAAUCAUUUCAAGCUUCAGAGUUCCUGAUCAAAGAUCUGGCAAGGUUGAGCUUCAAUAUUUACAUGACCAUGCCGGGAUAAGCACCAGUGUGGGGUUAACAGCAAACCCCAUCGUCAACUUCUCUGGUGUGGUAGGAACUAAUGCUCUUGCGCUUGGAACUGAUGUGUCCUUUGACACAAAGAGUGGAGCCUUCACCAAAUACAAUGCAGGCUUGAGCUUCACAAAUUCAGACCUGAUUGCUUCGUUGACCCUGAAUGACAAAGGUGACUCUCUGAGUGCAUCAUACUACCACCACGUCAAUCCAUUGAGUAAUACUGCUGUUGGUGCUGAGGUGAACCACAGUUUCUCAUCCAAUGUGAAUACCAUUACCGUUGGUACCCAGCACCAGUUGGAUCCUUUGACAACCGUGAAGGCACGGGUGAACAACUUCGGGAGGGCAAAUGCUCUGAUCCAGCACGAGUGGCGUCCCAAGUCCCUUAUCACCCUAUCAGGUGAGGUAGAUGUCAAAGCAGUCGACAAGAGUGCAAAGUUUGGACUUGCCUUGGCUCUCAAGCCCUGAAUUUGCUUUGGAAUAGUUAACCAAGAGGAUCAAUAUACGAUUGCAUGUUGAGAGGAAACAUGGGAACAUGUUCUUUGGCAGUAGUUCAUCAGGUUGUUUUUUUUGGAUUGUAAAAAUAAUUCUAGAUGGUCGGAUGAACCCUUGUUACUUUUCUUCUACUUCCUGAAUCAUCUUUCUGAAACUAUUAAUCAUCGUACUGUACCGAAACAAAAAAGCACCAUUUAAGGCCGCUGAUUUUGUCAUUGCUCAAUAAAUCUGCAUCUCAGAUUCACAGUGGUCUGCAGGUUUUGGACA